CAGUCCUGCUUGAUCAGCAAAGAGGAUUUUGCAAAGCCACAGGAAGAUGUGUGACCAGCAGAAACAGACACAAUUCCCUCCAUCUUGCGUGAAAGGUUCGGGAUUGGGGGUUGUGCAGAGUACCAAAUGUACUUCUGUAAAAUGCCCACCUCCAUGUCCGACUCAAACCUUCGUGAAAUGCUCACCUCCGUGUCCAACUCAAACCUUUGUGAAAUGCCCAGGUCCAUGUCUGACUCAAACCUACGUGAAAUGUCCACCUCUGUGUCCAACUCAAAACUAUGUGAAAUGCCCAGCUCCGUUCCAGACGAAGACCUAUGUGAAAUGUGUAACUCCUUGCCAGACCCUCGUGAAGUGCCCAGCUCCAAGCCAGACGACCUAUGUGAAAUACCCAGCUCCCUGCCAGACAUUUGUGAAGUGCCCUGCUCCAUGCCAGACGACCUAUGUGAAAUCCCCAGCCCCUUGCCAGACCCAGACAUACUAUGUUCAGACCCCUGCUCCUUCCCAAACCUACUAUGCUCAGGCUCCUGUAAGAGGCUCAGUCACCUCAUGUUGUGUCCCUGAUCCAUGCUCUGCUCCCUGUUCCACCAGCUACUGCUGUCUGGCUCCCCGGACCUUUGGGGUGAGUCCCCUGAGACGCUGGAUCCAACGGCCCCAGGAGUGCAACUCAGGAUCGUCUGGUGGCUGUGAGGAUUCCGGAUGCUGUGACUCUGGGUGCUGCAGCUCUGGAUGCUGCAGCUCUGGGUGCUGUGGCUCUGGAUGCUGUGGCUCUGGGUGCUGUUGUCUAGGAAUUAUUCCCAUGAGGUCCCGAGGUCCUGCAUGCUGUGAUUGCGACGAUGACUGCGACUGUUAAAUACAGAAGAACAGCUCUGCUCCAGAACUCACCACCCUGAUCUAUCUUCUUGGAGACUCCCCAGCUUCUGCUCCCCUCCCUGUAUUCAAAUCUCAUUGCUCCACCUCCCUACCUUGCUUCAUUAUUAAGGCAGCCUACCAGAGUUAGCGCAACUCCCAAACUCUGGCAAGAAUAAAGCUUUGAAUGCAGUUCA